AGAAAUACUCCCUUUUCAGAACCACAGAAGUCCACGGGAGCAGACCAGACACCAGAUGAACCAUCACAACAGAUGCUCCUCUCACUGAUCUCUGGAUGCUUCUCAUGAGAGAGGCCAAUAAUGGAGAAAAGAGCAGAAACAUCUCAGCAUUCUUCCAGAUCUGGACGGGUUAAGAGAGAGCCAUCACCUUCUGCUAAAGAGAGGAAAACCAGAGCACCCAAAUCCGUGAAGCUCCAAGAGCCCCACAAAAGAAAAGAAAAACCAGAUGUGACAUUAGAAGAAGAAAGAGGUGAAGCUAAAGAGGCUCAAAUCAUCUCUAGCAGCACUGUUGUAAAUGUAGACAGUGUGAGGGAACAAAUAAAAGAAGAUCGAGAGGAGUUGCUGGGAUUACUGGAGACCGAAGGACCUGGAGAAGCCUUGAAGAAGAGAUACCUUGGAGUUUGUGAGCUACUUCUGAUCAUCUUGGUCCUGUCUGUGGUGAUCUUCUUCUUGCCUUUUUCCAUAUGGUUCUGUGUGAAGAUUGUGAGAGAACAUGAGAGAGCCGUUAUAUUUCGGUUGGGGCAUUUAUUGCAGAAGAGACCAAGGGGCCCUGGACUGAUGUUUUAUUUCCCAUUUUUGGAUGUAUGCCAUAUCGUGGACAUUCGUCUGAACAUACUGAAGAUCCCUCCUCACACGGUGGUGACCAAAGAUCUGGUGUGCACUGAAGUGAGCGCGGUGUGUUACUAUCGUAUCGAGAACAUCUCUGUGUGUUACUCCUCCCUUGCCAGUGUCCCAGAUGUGCUGCAGUCUCUGACCCAGGUGUCUGUUAAAGAGAUACUAGCCCACCAUACCUUCACUGACAUUUUGCUGAACCGGAAACGAAUGGCCCGGGAGGUUCAGGUCAGUUUAGAUUCGGUAACUUGGAGGUGGGGAAUCAAGGUGGAAAGAGCAGAGAUAGAAGAAAUCAGUCUUCCACCUGAGCUGCAACGCAACUUUGCUGUGGAGGCCGAAGCGAGACGUCAGGCACAAGUCAAAGUGAUCGCUGCAGAGGGAGAAAAGGCGGCUUGUGAGGCUUUGAAGGCCUCUGUAGAGUCUCUCUCUGGUUCUCCAAUGGUUGUGCACCUCCGUCUCCUGCAGCUCCUCAACAAUUUGCGCUCUGAGCAGCCUGCUGUGGUCCUCAACAUACCUCCUGAUGUCCUGACUCAACCCAUCGACCUCAGCAGUUUGACCAGACCUGCCAAUCAAAGCCUGACGACAGACGAUGGCUCAGAUGAUGCUAACAAAGAUUUGCCCGUGGUGUCAGUGUUCACUUAGGAUGUUUUUACAUAAACAUGCACGAUAUAUCAGUACUAUAUUGGUUAUUGGAUUAUGGUAUGGGUCAAUAUUUAAUUGUGCCUGCUUAUUUCCUCUAUUUUUACAUGUAGUUGCCUUUGCUCCAUCUAACUCUUUAACUUAAUCUUUAAAAACACUAAUAAUUUACACUAUUAAAUGUAAUCUUUAGCAAAUUUUAUGAUAUGUGCAAUUCAAGUACACUUCAAAUAGAGAUGUGUCUGUUGAAUAGCGUGAGCUCCAGUAUGGCGUUUAUUCCCAUUUAGCAUUUCUUGGUGCCUCCGGUUACUGACUUCUUGUUUUAGCUUCAAAAGGGAAUGCUGGGGGCCUUAAAUGAGGGUGUUACAUUCUUACUGCUCGCUGUAAAAAGGUUAAAUAUAGUCAGAGGUCAGAGAACAGGUCAGUUCAUAACAUAUACUGUAUUCAAGUCGAUCAAGUCGAAUUGACCAAACUGACCAACAGAAAGCUACUUGGUUUGAGACAGACUUGUAUGAGUGGUGCUUCAUAAAUCACUGCAUGUACACUUGGUCUCCACACUAGGUCGAGCCUGUAACUGCCUCUCCAGAUCUUGUUUCUUGUUUCAAACUAGCUGUAUGGCUAGCAAGCUAACAAUGUGUUAGUUACAUAUUCAUCAGAACUUUGGAAAAAAUAAGGCCAAGUGGUGUCUUUCAAGGGUUCCUCUUCAUCUUCUUUGUUAGGUUCCUCUGGUUGUUGCUCAAGCUAAGAAGAAAUCCAAUAAAGUUACUCACAUUCUGUAUUAGCAUAACUGUAUUCAACCAGAAGACCCAUGCUAAUGUCACUCACAGACUGUGGCAGUUUUUCCAGACAGCUGCAGCUCCACAGGGCAUCCCUUCACACCCGACAGGCCUCCACCCACUCACCACACUCUUUCUGAAUGAACACAAAGCAGAAGAAUCCAUGGCAUUUCAGGCGAGAACUCGAUCUGAAUCAUUACUCAAGGAAGAGAGCUUGGUUUAGUGGAUUGUUAAGCCCUCUGAAAUUUAGAAAGUUGGUAGAGCUCAUUCUCUGUUUCGGUCUGAGUUGAGCCCUUCAGAAUCGCCUCCUCCACAAUAACCUGACAAGAGCUACGGGACAAUUUAAAUAAUGAAUUUAUGCUUAACUAUAAGGAGCUCCUCUUGAUGCAUUGAGUUUUAUGAGAUUACCUUGAGAUGUACUUGGAAAAGUAGUCAAGUUUCCCAAAGAGGAUCCUGGCAUCCUCCUCCAGCUCCUCAACAGAAUUCAGGCUUUGUUAGAUUCGGUUCAUGGACUGGGAUAAUCAAUAGCAGAAGGUCCACCAUCCAGCAAAUCAACUUGGUGUGAAGAAACGUUACCUGAUAACACGAUUCGAUCAUCACUCAUGGCCUGGGGCAUGGGCAUCCAGUCCUGCUCCAGGAAGUCCACCUUCCUGCAGACUUUAAGUUGAAUCUUUGUUAAACACCCCGAACCAGGUAAUCAAGGUCUUCAGGAUUACUCGAAACAUCCUGGGCUCCAUUUCACAAAAGAAUCAUAAGAUCAUAGAGAUCAUUGUUACUAAUGGUUUCUACAAUCUACUUAAGCUUACAGUGCAUUUGGUUAACGCAGCUGUUCUGCCCCAAAAUUUGAGAGUUGAUAAUCUUGUCUUGUCUAGCCCAGGUCUGUUGGAUCGAAAUUCUGAAGGUAGGGAGGAUCCAGGAACAGGAAUGGACAACCCUAACCCCUGACUUACGGCAUGCAACAAAUGUUACACAGUGCUGGGGUGUAAAAGUUUUCUUGAGAGAACUGGAAUUCCGUCAUUGCUUGUAAGACAUCAUUCAUUUCAAUCCUGUCAAAGAUGCAAACAGGGAAUUUGGACAUGGUUCAAAUAAAAACAUGAAUCCGGU